GUCACUCCUGCGCUUAUUGUGCAGACUGCUUCCUUUGCUGUUAACCGCCUUAUUAGUUUAUACUGUCGCUACAUUGGGGAGGGGUGGGGGGGAUGACCGUUACCUCACACACCUGCUGAAGAUCUCUGGACAAACACAUGGACACAGACACAUUCAGACAACAUGGGCUCCAGACUGAAACAAAACCCUGAGCGAACUUUCUACUGGUUCUUUGAAGCAUCUUGCCCAGUAGCCAGAGACAAAGAUCCUGGUGUACAGUUUCAGUUUCCAGAGGACUUCAGUGAUGAGGAGUCCAGUCAAAUAUUGCCCAGAUUCUGCUUCCCAUAUGACAUACAAAGAGUGAGGGAUGGAGUGGCCGUGCAGCACUUUACUUUUGUUCUGACUGACCUUGAGGGAUGCCAACGCUUCGGCUUCUGUCGUCUCACCAACAGCACAAAUACCUGUCUUUGCAUACUCAGCUAUCUUCCAUGGUUCGAAGUGUUUUACAAACUUCUCAACAACUUGGCUGAUUACCUGACAAAAGGACAGACCAAUGAGAUGAAAGCGCUGCUGGGCGCCCUCUACGCGCAGCCCAUACCACCGGCAGCUGGAUCUGUCACUCUACAGAUGGGAGAGCAGCUAUUGGUCAGCACAGAGGUGUCCCAUCCUGUUGGACACCCAGAGGGGCAAGAGGGGGUUCCAUACUUCAUUGCUCCAGACCCCAGAAGUCUCCCUUCCAUUCCUGAAAACAGGAAUUUGACAGAGCUGAUUGUGGCAGUGGAUGUGGGGAACCUGCUCCAGCUCUACGCCAGCAUGCUGUUUGAGAGGCGCAUCCUGAUCUUUGCCAGCAAACUCAGCACUCUGACGUCUUGUGUGCAUGCACUCAGCGCUGUGUUGUACCCAAUGUACUGGCAACACAUCUUCAUACCUGUCCUGCCACCCCACCUGCUGGACUACUGUUGUGCACCUAUGCCUUACCUAAUAGGGGUCCACACCAGUCUAUCUGAGAGGGUGAGGAGUCGUGGGUUGGAGGAAGUUGUGAUUCUAAACGUGGACACGAACACAAUAGAAACCCCCUUCGACGAUCUUAAGAGGAUACCUUCAGAUGUGAUGUCCGGGCUGAAGGUGUGUUUGAAACGUCAGGCUGUGUCUCCGGGCUCUGGUGUCUCACGGGCCUUCCUGAAAGCUCAGGCGCUGCUGUUUGGAGGCUACAGGGAUGCACUGCAGGGUCACAAGGAAGGUGAAAUAUGUUUCAACGAGGAGCUGUUUCUGGACCACAAGUCUCACAGUAUGAGGCACUUCCUACAGUGCGCCAUUCAUUUACAGUUCUUCAAACAGUUCAUUGAUGACCGCCUGGAUAUUCUGAACAAAGGCAAUGAACCAGAUGACCUCUUCGAAGAUGAGAUCCUUAAGUGUGAAACAACAGCCGGAAGAGGCAAAUCUUAUCAGCAGUUAGUUGGUAAUUUAAAGAAGGGGGGAGGAGCGCUAAUCCUCAACAUGAAGUCAAAGGCAAACAUCAGGGCCAAAGGUCUCGCCAGGUCUGGUUUGAAAAACUUCCUGAUGCACAAGACCCAUGAUGAAGAACACACCCUUCAAAGAGGAGGGUCAGUGUCGCACCGCCGUGCCCGAUCUGACUGCCUGCAGAAUCGCCUGCCCAUCACACAACACUUUGGGAAGUCACGUCCCCGUCGGCCUGUUAACAAGGUUAGGGCUCCAACGGACCAGGAAGACAUGAAGGACAGUGGAGAUACAUGGGAUGGGGCUGUGUCUGGGCCUUCAGUUGAGCCUGGCUCUGAGCCCCAGAAGGAUGAAGAAGAAGGGGAAGAUGCACUGCUGUGUGACUCGGAGGAGAUGGAUUUGCUUGGGGAGAUUUUUGACACACUCAGCUCCCGGAGCUCCCAUGACCGUGGCCUGCUGUACGGCACACGCAGCCUGGAUCUGUUCGCACCAGACAGUCAUGACUAUAUCACAAAGCACGGUCCAGCCAACCCCAGCCAGGAGAGCCUGUCACUGUCCAUCAGUGGCAGUGGCAGCCUGCACAGCUGGAAUCUGGAAACCACAGAGGAGCUGUCAGACCUGACGGGGGACUCUGAUUGGCUGUGCCAGGACACCAGCCUACGAGAGGAGGAGGGGUCAGAGAGUCUGCUGGCAGCAUGUGAAAUGGGGGAACAAGAGAGGGGACAGAAUGAGGGCAGAGAGAAACAGGAAGAAGUGAAGGUAGCAAUAAAUGGGAACCAAGGCGAAGACAUAGACAACAGAAAUAACUUUAAGGAAGUGAACUUUGAGGAAGAGAGAAAGAAAGAUCAAGAAAAGAGAGAGAGUUUAGGAGAGGAACCUGUGAAAGAAACAUCGCAGAAGCAAGAGGAUGAAGGGUUAAAAGAGAAGAGGGAAGAUGAGAGGAAUCAGUGUGAGGAGGUUGCUGAGGCACGAGAAGCGGAAAGAGAAACAAAUAAAAUGCAGAAAAUUGUAGGAAGAGAAGACAAUGGAAAAGAGAACCAAGAGGAGAAAGACAAAGACGCGCAAGGAUCUUUAAACAACCUGAAUCCCCUUGAUCCCAACACAGUGGAGGAGCAGCAAGGACAAGAGCAAAUAGCCAAUCCAGAAACGUCAGGUUCUCCUGGCUCUCACAGCCUCACUGCUGACCCUAAACCUCCAGCAGGUCAGGAAAAAAGGAAUGAGGAAGUAGUAAAGAAAGAAGAACAAGAGAUAACACAAGCCCCCCCUCCUCCUAAAGUACAAUCUGCUGUGGCACGCUUCCAGUCUCAGGCAUCCAGCCAGAGCUUACAGGCGAAGUCUGGGACCAAAAGCUUGGCCGAACCUGGGAGACCGUGCAACCUGUCGCGGAGCAGGGAGAACACACAAACUCACCCGCCGUGGGACUCAAAUAUAUCUGAAGAGAACGACCGCUCAGAGGCACAUGAGGAAGGCCCUUCUCCCAUCAAAGUGUCUGAACUUAAGAAGAGAUUUGAAGCUUGAAGGAUUAAGCUGUUGACAUUGUUUUUUUUUUUGUUAUUGUCAACAAAUCACAUGAAAAAGACCAAAAUCAAUAGUGUGUAUGUCUCUCUUAAUAUUUCCUAUACUACCCAUCUCUCCAGCCCGUCUGUGACUCCAGGUCCAAGCUUGAUUGUUGCUGGAGUAAAGAGUGCAUUUACUGGAGACUAUUUUCAGCCAUAGAUUUGAAUAUUUACAGCAACAGGGCGCUGAAUGUGCGACUGAGUCAGUGUGUCAGUGGCAGUGACUCGCUGCCUCAGUGCGACACAGGGAUUUGUUUCUGAUAGUUUUCAUUGGAUCUGUUGACAAUAAGGAAAACAAAGAAAAAUCAACAGACUUAUCGUUGGGGGCACAAAUUUGCUGUCAGGUGACUUUGCCAACAUUUAGCAAAUAUUUAAACAGAUUUCUGAAUAUUGUAUACUUGUUGAAAUGAUGGUCAAUUGCUCUUAGAAUGGAGGAAACUAGGCAGCAUGGCUGAAAUAAAGAAAUAAUGAAUUUUUUAACAGUGGGGACAUGAAAAGGUUUGCAGAUCAGCUACUGUAUGAUGGUGCAUUUAUAAGUGAGAGUAUUCUACAAAUACAUGUGUGUGAGAUAGAUAAGCUCUCCACCAGCUACUGCCCAACAACUGACAAGUUCUGAGGAUAAUUACUGUUUUUGGUAACACAGUAUCUAAAUAAAUAACUUAAAACCUUAAUAAACUUAACAUUUUGAACAUCCAA